AUGCUCGGAUGCAGAAUGCUCAGAAAGACACUGAUCACGGUGAGUAUAUUAUAAACACCCCUUCGUUCCCGUCACGCGCGCUCUUCGCUUCGCCGCAUUGAAUCUAAUUAACGUCGUCCGUGCACUUCUGAUUCCGCCCCUGCCGUGACUGGUUUCAUUAUAACGACGCAUGCGCAAACACGACUCUGUUUCUCCUUGCUUCACUUCGAUUGUUUGCUCGAGGUUCGCCUCCCGACUUUUGCUUUUUUGUUUUUUUUUUUUUUGCUUGGGCCGCUGUGGGAAUAUUUAGGAACGAUGGCUUUGCGUGUUUAGAUUUUGCCGUCAUCCAACACUUUAGCACUUUAGCCGAUUUCUAUGAUGAUUGUUACUUUAAUCUUCGGUGCGUCUCCGAGCUGCAGCUGGAAAAAUAAAUAUAAAGGGGGCAGCGGACUGUGGGGCGAUGACGAAUGUUUUCUUGUUUUCCGCGCAUUUCAACCUCUUCUUGACCUUCGCUAAGUGGGAAAUAAAACAUGCUUCGCUCUUUCGCGCCCUGAAUUCUUUGUGUUUAUGUGCUAUUCAGCAUUUGCAUAGAAAAUGUGUUCAUGGUAUGUGUCAACAUGCAUAUACACGGUUAACAGCGCCCUGACAUUCGGAAAGACCCAUGUUUCCUGUCGUCGUCGCCUGCCUGCCCGCGCUUGUGUCCAUGCUAAUCCGUCGAGCCCCUCUGCCGGUCUGCGCCUCUCCCUCCUUCGUCGCUCUUCCCCGGCGACGCUCGUCUUCUCGCUCUCCGCGCUUCCCCUCUUGCCCAUCUCUUCAUGAAGCAGGCGCUCUCAGGACGAGGAAGCGAACGAAAAAGUGUAUUUUGCCUCGUCCCUCGUCUCUUUUCCCCUGCGCCACCCGCUCCCUUUUGUUGUUCUUUCUUUCAAAAGUCACUUACUCGGAUACAUUGUAGGCCGGACGUCGGAUCACUCAGCAGCGACUCGAAAGCGUCACCACCGGAAUGCCUUCCUCGAUGUCGCCGACGUCCGCAAACAAUGCUCCGACUACGCCGAGCUAUUUCGCCCACCGCCCUCAAAACGUCAGCCAGGCGACCACGGUUAGUCAAGUCUAGCCUUGUAGGCUUCGUCCUUCCUAUUUUCUGGGUUAAUCGCGUGGCAACAUCCUCAAUUAGCCUCGUUUCCUUCCGGCCGCGCAGCUGUGACUUAUCAUGCGCUUCUCUAGAGCGGAAAAGUUUUGAUUUGAUAAGCUUAGCUGCUCGGCAUGCCACGGGGUUAGCCUGGGGAUGUGCAACUUUUUCGUUUUCCACGAGAUGUGUUCCAAAUACGCAAAAUCCACGUUUUCUCGGUGGCCCGACAAGAAAACGUCACAAUCUGUCAGUUUGCAGCCGCGAUCCAUGGACACCGACGAGCAGAACGGUCAUCCGCACUAUCCGAUGCUUCUCAACGUGACACACAUAGACAUGACGUCCCGGGCCGAUGAUAUCCGCGCCGGACUGAUUGACACAUUUCUCAAUCUGGAACGUGUCGACAAGAAUCUCUAUUUGUAAGCUCUAUUCCUUUUUCCUUCGUUCAAAUCAGUGUACUCCUUCAGAGCUCGUCACCUUCUGAAAGGACGGAACUCGUUGCCCGUUGUGUACGGAGGACAGGUCAUCGGACAGGCUCUUUCGGCUGCCACCGCAACCGUCGACGUCGGAUUCGUUCCGAACAGUCUGCACAGCUACUUUGUCCAAAGUGGAAAUGUUGAGCGUCCGAUUCUGUAUCAAGUCGAUCGCAUUCGCGACGGAAAAAGUUUCUGUACGCGUCUCGUGAAGGCGCUUCAGGACGGAGAAGCCAUCUUCACCGUUCAGAUUUCUUUCCAUAGAGUACGCUUCCCUCUUUCUCUUUUCAAAUCUCAAAACUACGCACUUUCAGCCGGAGGCCGAUUCGAUUGUUCACCAGCUGCCGAUGCCAGAGGUUCCGGCUCCGGACAGUCUGGAAGAUUUGUCCGAUACGUUCGAACGAAUCAAGAAGAAUCCAAAUAUUCCGCCGGCUGCUCUCGCCAUGAUUGGCUUCAAACAAAAGGAGAUUCCGCCAGCGUUCUUCAGAAUUUUCUCGGUCAGUUACCACUGCUUCUAAAUGUGAGACAGGCUAUUUUUUCAGUUCCGCCCGGUCGACAUCGAUUCGUAUUUGUGUCUGAAGAAGGAUGACCAGCACAAUCCCGGUCACAGUCAUCCAACUGAUGCAUAUCGCUCUUACGUGUGGAUCAAAGCGAAUGAGAACAUCGGAGACGACCCGCGGCUUCAUCUCGCCGCUGCCGCUUACAUUUCCGAUGCGACGAUGAUUGAGACUGCUCUCAGACCGCAUUCGAAGUAAGUCAUUUCUUCGUUUGCUCUCAAAUGUGCUCAUUCUAGACGCGGCUUCAUUCCGUCGAUGGCUCUGACUCUCGAUCACUCGAUCUGGAUGCACACGGACAGUUUCCGCGUGGAUGACUGGCUGCUCUACGAGAAUCACAGCACGAUCGCCGGCGGCGGACGCAGUCUUAUCGAAGGAAAACUGUGGACUCGCGACGGGCGGCUCGUCUUCUCGACCACCCAGGAAGCGCUGAUCCGUGCUCACAAAAAACGCCCUAGCGCGUCUCCGUCUCAAACCCCGGCCAAAUGA